CCUUUUAUGAAAAAAAUGUAAUUAUUGGUUUAAAAGCUUUUUUGUUAAGAAAAUUAUUUAAAAAACUCACUUUGCUUUUAGCUGCAGCUACAUAAAUUUUCUACAUAUAUAACACACAUGUACCAUAAUAUCGUACUAUAGUAUAUUAAUAUUUUUACUCUUUGCGCUACUCUUUCUUUACUCACAAGCGAAGAUGUCCGAACGACCGAAGCGAGUUGCCUCGAAACCAUCACGAUACGUCACGACGUCGGAUGAGGCUCCUCGGAAGCGGAAAAAGGUCAACGCCUCAGCAAUCAGCGCUGAAGAUGUCCAGGAUGACGUCCAGGACAUAAGGAUGAGUCUUCAAAACAAUCCUAAUUAUUUUAAUAAUAAUAAUAAUAACAAUAAUUAUUCAACACAUUCAUCAUCGCACACAUACAUUCCACCAGACCAAACAUUCAAUCACACAUCUCUCAAUCAAACAUUCAGUCACCCGGCCGUGCAAUCAAACACGAAUUUUCAAUCACACACUCAAUCGGACACGAACAAUCAAAUACAUAUGCGCACUGAAUCAUACAUAAACCUUCAACCAAGUUCAUUAUCUCAUAACACUCACGCAUUACAAGCAACACAAUCACUCACACAAAACUCACUAUCUUACAGCACUCACGCAUUACACGCAACACAAUCAUUCACACAAAACUCACAAUCUCAUAACACUUACGCAUUACCACCACUCACACAAAAUUAUGAUGCACCUCACGUCGAAAGGCUAAGCUACGCCGAUAAUAAUUUUGUAGAAUUGCAGAACCAACGUGGAAAUUCCAGGGAUGUAUCUUCUCGAAAUUGGGACAACGAUAUUGGAGGAGCGACGGCAUAUGAUUAUCCAUCAAUACCACAUUCAUCAUCGGCACAUCAUUUGACGCAAUUAGAAAAGCCGGACAAUCAACGAGUAAAUUCCACCAUGGAAAAAAUUUUGAGAUGCGUCCAGGAUCACCAUCGCGCACCACAGAAGCCGGCCAUCUUCCCUAUACAAUCACUUCCAGGCAUGGAUGCGUUUGAAGGAAGCAACGAGGAUGAAUAUUCCAAUGCCGUAAAUUAUUUCCGACACAUUGGCGGCUUUAAUUUAAGAGAAGCUGUAAAUAUCUGCCUGAAGGAAAGUUUGAAGGAUGCCAUCGCACCGUCGUUUACAUGGUGGGGCCGUCAAGAACAUCGACCACUAUAUAAUACUCGUCUGAUUAGGGCGAUUUACGAUGGCGUAUGUCAAAACAAAAAUUUCGAGAAACCGACGCGCUCCGAAUUCCAAGCGCAAAUGCGCGAGGCUUUGAGAAUGUCCAAGGAGAGACAUAGGAGCAGAUCGCGCAAGAAGACCGUUCCUCACGGUGACGGCGCAAGGAUUCAGCGUACUUUAUGGAACGACGAGCGAUCAAACGAAAGCGGAGACAUGGAAUCUAUUAACGACGACGAGCAGACAUAACAUUUCAUUUUAUUUCUUGUUGUCCAUUAUUUGGAAUUUUCAAUUAAUUUUCUUUUGAAUUUUUAAUUUCGUCGUAAUGUGAUACAUUUUUAUGUUUUGUAUGUUUUAUAUUUAGUUAUAGUUUUAAACACGCAGAGGAUCGGAAGGAAGAAGAGAAGGAGGAGGAAGACUACUACGUGACCAGUGGAUUCAACGAUACAUAUGUGUCGUUGAGUGGGUCACAAACGGCACUUUUCAGUGCCUUUUUUAUUCAUCCAAUGUUGGAUAAUCUCUCGAUCAUCGGCACUUUUCAGCGCCAUAGUUUCACACAAAAUCGGUACUUUUCAGUGCCCGAGAUCUCUUAAUUUAAUAUCAUAAUCGUGCGUGCGUGCGUGUGUGUGUGUGUGUGUGUGUGCGCGCGCGCGUAUAUUUUAUGUCGUGUGUCGUACAUACAAAUAAAUGAAUACAGUUUCCCUUCAGAAACUACUACUCAUUUAUUUGAAAGAAUUGAGAUGCGCGAUAAAAAAUAUCACGUCGCGCAAAUUGUGUAUCGAAGUUAUCAGUGACUAUAAUUUGUAUUUCUUGUCUGUUUAGAUUCACCAAGUUCCAGUUCAUUCGGAUCAUCGAAAACCCGGCACAAUUCGGCUCUUCACAAUUGUAUUAUAUUUUUUAUUACAUUAUUAUUAUUAUUAUUAGAUAACAUAUUAUUGCUAAUAUUGUAUU